AUGUCUCGUUUAUAUCCCUUUGGUAGUAAUCCAGGAAGCGGGAGAAACUCCAUCUACUCCCAAUCAGGAUACUAUAAUGCAGUCAAUAGUCGUCGUGGCAGUUAUACUCAUACACGAGAUGAAAGCCAAGUAUCAUAUGAUUUUGGAGCAGGCUCUAAAGAUAGAAGAGAAGGCACGGGGACUGUCACAGAUGAUGUGCUCAGUCUAACAAGUACGUUAGAUAGAAUACGAACAGCUAAACCGAAUGCCACAUAUGCUGAUAAUCUAUGGACACAAAUCGAUGUGUUGGAUGAUGUGAAACAUAUGAGUGACGAGGUUCGUAGUAAGGGCACUUUUUUCAAUGAUAAGUUCACCGAAGAGUUGGCUCAAUUAAAGAAGACCCAAAACAGGUUGAUAGAGACUAUGAUAGCCGAAAACGACAAGGGAAUAGAUUUGACAGGAAGUUCACGACCUGCAGGAGUUCCAGCCACUGGUGAUAUAAAUGCUGAUUCAGGAGAUAACAUAGAGGAUUUCUUUAAUGGUAAUUUACGUGAACAACAAGAGUUACUUCAUCGCCGACAUAACUUUGAUGGCAUUAAAAGGUUUGUGGACGAUGUAGAAGACCAUUUGGCCAGUGUGGGGAAGGCCAUGCGUGAAUUUGAUGACAGCACAAAAGAUCAUUGGUGA